CGUGAAACCGUCCCGCUCAAUAUCUCUCCCUGGAUGCUCCUGUCGCUCUGUCGCGCGGCAAUCCAUAACGUUCUCGUCGGGUGACAUUUAUCGAGUCAGCGAAUACCGGAAUGAGCUCGCACGCAAGAGCAAUAUCCUCCUCCCAUAAAGCCAUCACUCCUAUUCCUCCUGCCCUCCUACCCUCGGCACCUACUUCUCCUCCGACCCCGGCUCCCAGUCCCACCCCUCACCAACGACCGCCGACCUGGCAGUCGUCCGAAGAAGAAGAUGACUUCCUCUUGAGUACUAGAAUCCAAUUUAACACUCUGUCCGGUGUCAAGAAGCAGCGCUUCUUGGAAGGUAUUCUCGCCUUGUGCAACAGCCAACAGCUGAGCUUUGUCUCGAGCUAUGUGGCUCCUCGUUUGAGGAAAGAUCCGUUCAAGGUCUUCCCAACCGAACUCUGUCUAAGGGUCCUCUCCUUUAUCGACGAUCCGAAAACCUUGGCAAGAGCAUCCCAGGUGUCCAAGCGCUGGCGUGAACUUCUAAAUGACGACAUCACCUGGAAAAAUCUCUGCGAGAAACAUGCAUAUGCUCACCGACGGCUUUCGGAGGACCAUGGGGACUUCAUCGAGCCUAUUCAUAACCAACGGACACACUCCCUGAGUGGGUUACAACGGAGACCGCACAACACGACUAUUCAGUCUCGCGAUGGAUUUUCGGAUUUUCCGCGAUCGCUACCCGGCGAUUGGCCUUCGCUGUCCUCCGCACAACCGUACAAGCGCCCACCUCGGCCGUUAUCUUACAGGUCUCAUUUUAAGCAAAAAUACAUGGUAGAAUCCGCCUGGAACAAGGGUGGAAGAUGCACUCAGCAACAUAUUUCUCCGGACCAGGGGGUCGUCACCAGCCUGCACCUGACUCCCAAAUAUAUUGUGGCCUCAUUAGAUAAUGCGAAGAUUCAUGUUUAUAACACCAACGGGGAGAACCAGAAAACGCUCCAAGGACACGUCAUGGGGGUAUGGGCGAUGGUUCCCUGGGAUGAUAUCCUUGUCAGCGGGGGAUGUGACCGGGAAGUUAGAGUCUGGAACAUGGCUACGGGCGCCGCAAUCUAUCUCUUACGAGGGCAUACAUCCACGGUCCGUUGUUUGAAAAUGUCAGAUAAAAACACCGCGAUUUCCGGAUCGAGAGAUACCACAUUACGGAUAUGGGAUUUAACUACCGGAACCUGCCGAAAUGUACUAGUUGGUCAUCAGGCCAGUGUUAGGUGCCUCGCGGUUCACGGUGAUUAUGUGGUGUCAGGAAGCUAUGAUACCACGGCGCGCAUUUGGAAGAUUUCGGAAGGACGGUUCAUACGAGCGCUUUCUGGCCACUUCAGCCAGAUCUACGCCAUCGCUUUUGACGGCCGCCGGAUUGCUACCGGCAGCCUUGACACGAGUGUUCGGGUCUGGGAUCCGCACACGGGUCAGUGCCAUGCUAUUCUGCAAGGACACACAUCCCUAGUUGGGCAGCUGCAGAUGAGCGGUGAUACCCUUGUUACUGGUGGCUCGGACGGGUCCGUUCGUGUUUGGUCCUUGACCAAAAUGGCUCCGAUCCAUCGCUUGGCAGCCCAUGAUAAUAGUGUUACUAGUCUCCAAUUUGAUGGCACGCGCAUUGUCAGCGGGGGGAGCGAUGGUCGCGUCAAGGUUUGGAGUCUGCAGACUGGACAGCUUCUCCGAGAAUUGUCUACCCCCUGGGAAACGGUCUGGAGAGUAACCUUUGAGGAAGAGAAGGCGGUGAUCAUGGCCAGUAGAGCAGGUCGCACGGUCAUGGAGGUUUGGACUUUCUCUCCACCACCAGAGGAAUCUGGCGAUAGUGCGGUGUCUGCUGAGAGCACGUCCAGUAGCUCCGGGAGUGACAGCACGCGAUCAAGAGGAUUGCUAGCAAGCUCCCCCCCGACUGGCUCUGAGGGCGGGGAUGGUGACCAACCAAUGCUGGACGUCCCGUCUUUAUGAUCAUGUAGUUCUUUGUUGCUUUGCGGAUUAAGCGUCGUCACGUCAGUUCUUGCCCUUACGAGAUUCCCAGCCACCAACCACUGGCGGGGAGUCAAUCCUAACUGGUUAGCAUUUGCAUUCUGGGUGUUCUGGUUUUCUGUUCCGUGAACUAUGUGUGUGGUUACACUGGCUUGAUACCAGCUGGAGUACGAGGCGAUCUCUAAAGCUCAUUUGGGUCUGGGAUUUGUGGGUUUGGAUG